AAUGAAAUAUAUUUAAGCAUCAGCAAAAACAGGAUAUAAUGUAUAUAAAUUAUUUAGAAGAGUUGCUAGAACUUUGGCAAAAACUAAAAUAAAAAAAAUGGAAAGUCUAAAUUAAAAGACUAUAAUAACUCUUUAAGUAUAAGGGCCAGAAGAAAAAUAAAAAAAUCUCUAUGUUGUUGAUUUAUUUUGA